AUGCAACAAUCUUUCGUAGCAGUGAAGUCAGCGUGCAGACAACACAUCAAAAGUCGCCGCUUCUCGUCAAUUUUCGAGGUCAUUAGGGAACGGCGGUGCCCGCAUCCAGAGAGGGGAAAAGAUGCCUGCGCCGUUGUACCACCACGAAACGAAGAUUCAGUGACCACCGAGCGGGCAAACAAAACCACCGAAGCUAACGUAAAGCACCUUUGGAAACAACUCAACAUUUUAAGGUCCAAGCCCACAGGGUACACUGACAUCAAACAAUUGCGUUACCUAACAGCGCGUACACUUGCAGUUCUCUCUAUAACAAGGGAAAUUUUCAAUCGCAUAUGUCUCAACUUCGAACGCAAUUUGAAGGAAGGGAAGUUUGCCCAUUUCCUCAUGCUUUCGAACGCUCUAGAACGAUCUGAUGUCAAAGAACUAUCGGUUCACUAUAGUAAACUUUUGGAGCAUUACCUCCGUAUCCCAGAAGAUUGGACCCCAAGCCUUGUGAACUCGGUGCUCGGAAUUCUUAACCGCAGUAUGUCUACUGAAUUUUCAGAACUAGAAGGUGGUAGAGAGACUCACGGUUGUGCAGUGAAGGAUAUCCCUUGGAUCGUUUACGAACAACAAAAUCCGCAAUUUGUUGAAGUGGACAGGAAAUCUGCGUGGCAAAACGCUCCCUCCGUUCUGACGGGUGAUAUGAUUCUGGACAUGAUAUCAGCCCCUUUUACACGGGAUGAAGAAUCAUCGAAGAAACCGAAAAAGUUAUGCACCGGUCUGCGUAGGCUGCUAUGGCGGUCAAACGAUCAAAUCCACCGUACGGUUCUAGCACCGGCAGAUCUUGCUAAGGUGAAGGUAUUGCCAGUGUCAGUAGAUAUAGUGCGUCAUAAAAGUUUAAAAGAGUGUCUCGAGGAUUUCUUCGAUCAACAUUUCGACGGUCGGCACCCAGGAGUCAAGAGGCUACAUGUGCGUCGACAGAUGCGAGAGCAGCGCAGACAGUUAUAUCUGCUAAAAGCAUUCGACACGAGUUCAACACUUAAUAAGGUGUGUCUAGAGAAAUCGAACCGACGGAGGGUCAACAACACCUUUGGGAAGAUCAAAAGGAUGAUGCGUUAUUCAGGAUCCCGCCAUGUUCCGACCACACAGUACUACAUAAAUGAGUGUCGAGUUAUCAAACGCUCUUUUUUAAGACCCUACAAAACAAUCGCUAACGGCGACACGGAUGGAGGGAGCAACUUAACGCAGACCGGAACUUUGGGAACUGUGUCUAAAAGCUGUGAUGAUACUCGGCGUGACCAACUGGCCCGCAUUUGUAAAAGUUUUAGCAGUUGGCCCGUUACACUGUCAUAUGUAUCUGCUGCAUCAGACACCACUAACUUAGGUGAAAAUCACGUAUUAGGUAGUGAAACCGCGAGAGAUGUUGCUAGCAAUGCCCAGACAACCGGCACGACAUUUUCACCUUUAUUUUCUCCCCGCCAUUUGGAAAUUCUACGUCAUCUGGAAAGCCAUGCCAGUAGACAAACACCAAUUUUUGUGGAUAACAUGAUCUUUAUGAGGCCGGUGACACUUUCCUCCCUCUUCAGUCGGAAGCUCAAACGCAAGGUCCGUGCAUUAGAAAGGGCUCAUAACGAAAACGUUAUGAGCCACACGGUAGCAUACAUGCUCAGGAAUGGGUUCUGGAAAAAAGAAGAGAAGGCACUUUACGUUCGUCUGCCCAGAGAGCAACCGUUGUGGCGUCACCUGUUCACCAUAAUCACCGCCUUGCACAAACUGGAUUUCACUUCUUACGAGCUUAUAAGCCGAGUAAUUGCCAUCUUACGGCGCAGCAAAAGCUUGUCUAUACGAGAGAUUGUCCAUGACAAUACCGUAAGAGGAGCUAAGCAUGUUUGCGCCGUCCUAUUAGGCACCAUUAGGAAAUUCGGACACUUGGUUUCAGCAUUAAGUGUUAUGAUGGCACGGGAUGGGUCUGGAGAACUAGCAUCUCAGUUUCUAGAGGUGGCAUGGUCAGUGGAGUUGCGAAACAAAUUAAUACGGUAA